AUAUGAGAGGGAAGAAAGCAGAAGGAAGAUGUAGAGCCAUGUGGUCUGAAUGCUUCCGAGGCACUGCCAGGACACUGGGCCAGGCUCUGCGCCCCACUGCUGUCUCAAGAGGGAAUUCUCAGUGGCCCCCAGCCUCACCCUUGCACCCCCACAAUGCCUCACGUGCCAGGGCUCAGAACAGUGAGGGGCCAGCCACAGCCUCUGGGCUGAGCAAAGAAGACAUCCGGAGAGCCCGGGAAGCAGCCCGGCCCAGAGUGGGGCCGAGGCCCCAGUUCCCCCCCUUUCUCCAGCUGAGUGAGCGUGCCCGGGAGCGAAAGGUACCUGCUUCUCGAAUCAGUCGCCUGGCCAACUUUGGGGGACUGGCAGUGGGCCUGAGCCUUGGUACCCUGGUUGAAGUGGCCAAGAUGUCGCUGUCAGGAGGGCAGGCGCGGCAAGGGGAAGGUGGCCCUGCUCUGGGCCCCAGCCCUUUCCUCUCUGAAGCCAAUGCUGAGCGGAUAGUGAAGACAUUGUGCACAGUUCGAGGCGCAGCACUCAAGGUUGGCCAGAUGUUAAGCAUCCAGGACAACAGCUUCAUCAGCCCCCAGCUGCAGCGCAUCUUUGAGAGGGUCCGGCAGAGCGCUGACUUCAUGCCCCGAUGGCAGAUGAUGAGAGUCCUGGAGGAAGAACUGGGCAGGAACUGGCAGACCAAGAUGGCCUCCCUGGAAGAGAAGCCCUUUGCCGCAGCCUCCAUUGGUCAGGUCCACCAGGGUGUCCUGCAAGAUGGGACCGAGGUGGCUGUGAAGAUCCAGUACCCAGGUGUGGCCCAGAGCAUCCAGAGUGACGUGGAGAAUCUACUGGCCGUGUUGAAGAUGAGUGUGACUUUGCCCGAAGGCCUCUUUGCUGAGCAGAGUCUCCAGGCCUUGCAGCAGGAGCUGGCGUGGGAGUGUGAUUAUCGCCGGGAGGCUGCCUGUGCCCGCACCUUCAGGCAGCUCCUGGAAGGGGACCGUUUCUUCCGCGUGCCCGCUGUGAUCGAGGAGCUGAGCACAGGUCGGGUGUUGGCCAUGGAGCUAGCCAGCGGGGUGCCCCUGGACCAGUGCCAGGGCCUGAGCCAAGAUGUGCGGAACCAGAUCUGCCGGGAGCUCCUGCGGCUCUGCCUUCAGGAGCUCUUUGAGUUCCGCUUCAUGCAGACGGACCCCAACUGGGCCAACUUCCUGUAUGAUCUCUCGAGCCACAAGGUGACCCUGCUGGACUUUGGGGCAAGCCGGGAGUUUGGGUCAGAGUUCACAGACCACUACAUCGAGGUGGUAAAGGCUGCUGCAGAGGGUGACCGGGCUCGGGUCCUAAAGAAAUCCCAAGACCUGAAGUUCUUGACGGGUUUGGAAACCAAGGCAUUCUCAGAGGCCCAUGUGGAAGCGGUCAUGAUCCUAGGGGAGCCCUUUGCCAGUGCUGGCCCCUAUGAUUUUGGGGCAGGGGACACGGCACGCCGAGUGCAGGAUCUGGUCCCCAUAAUGCUUCGCCAUCGGCUGUGCCCCCCACCGGAGGAGACCUACGCCCUUCACCGAAAGCUGGCUGGGGCUUUCCUGGCCUGUGCCCGACUCGGGGCCAACAUCCCCUGUGGGGACUUGUUCCAUGAGGUCUAUGAGCAUUACUGGGCUCCCCGCCCCUCAGGCUAACUCUGGCCCUCCAGGAAUCAGUCCCCAGCCCUCACUCCAGGACCCAAGGACCUGAUGCAGGAGCCCUCAGGGUCUUUUCAGUGACUCACCUUGGGACCACCCCAAGAGCUCCCAGAGACCUCCAGGGAGCCCCUUACUAGAUCUGAGACUCAUCUGUCUCUGCUGGUCCACAGGGCUUCCAGCUACUUCCAGCUAGGCCAGGGGGAGCCCUCAGGGACCUCCCCCACACACAUACACUCUGGAACUUAGUUGACUACCCUCUCUCCCUCCAGUUCUGAGCCCCAACCCAGCCCCCAUCUAAGGGAGUGGAGUUCCAGAUGGCCUGUAUGCCUAGGUCCUCCCACCCCCACCAGCUGUCUUCAGGCCCAAUGGGCAGUGCAUUCAGUGAUAUCCUAAAUAAAGGGGAACCACCCUCCCUCUCUCCUA